AAUUCUUCAUACUUACCUUGAUGGCACAGGCUUCUUCAUGUCUCAGGUUCGUGGGCCGUGGAGACCUUUCAUAGCACGGCGACCUUGUCCUCAGAGGGUGUCUGCGGUUUGUAUGAGCUUCGGCUCAUGCACCGUCUCAAUAUUUUCCUGUCCCACCAUGGCCACUCUGGCUGGGUGGGCCUUGCUUUUUGCUGUUUUGCCGUUCUAAC